UGGGUGUUAAUAUGGAUGUCUCUGGCGAUUGGUUUAACUGCCUCUCAAAGUGAGGAUACAUCAAAGGCCACAGUUAACAUCAUCCCCUCAAUGUCAAGGAUACCUGAGAUUGCAGGAGUGAGUCCUAUACAUAAUGGCCAAGUCUGCAGUACGUGGGGUAACUACCACUUCAAGACCUUUGAUGGAGACAUCUUUCAGCUCCCCUCCACCUGCAACUAUGUUGUGACCUCACUGUGCCAUAGCAGUUAUGAGGAUUUCAACAUCCAGAUGAGACGGCAGGUGGUGGACAACCAGCCCACCAUUAGCAAGAUCACCAUGAAGCUGGAUGGCACAGUGGUGGAGCUAUCCAAGGGUUCCAUUGUUGUUAAUGGGAAUAAUGCCACCUUACCAUUCAGCCAGUCUGGUAUUCUCAUUGAAGAGACUCCCUCCUACAUCAAGAUCAAAGCAAAACUGGGAUUGGUAGCCAUAUGGAACCAGGAUGAUUCCUUGUUGGUGGAGAUGGACAUCAAAUUCAGAAAUAAGACCUGUGGUCUAUGUGGAGAUUUUAAUGCAAUUCAGCAAUUUGAUGAGUUCUAUAGCCAUGGUAUGAAAUUGUCCCCUGUCGACUUCGGAAACUUCUGGAAAUUGGAUGGUCCCACUGAAAGCUGUACUGAAAACACACUACCUUCAAAUCAGAAAUGCCCCAAUCUGAAACCAGUUUGUGAGCAGUUGCUCUCCGGUCCUGCCUUCAGCAGCUGUAAGGACUUGUUGGCCAUCGACUCAUUUGUUGAGGCCUGUGUAUCUGACCUGUGCCACUGUGAUAACAGCACCAACUCCUUCUGCCUGUGCAACACUAUCUCAGAGUACUCCCGUCAGUGUGUUCAUGCAGGGGGGAAGCCCAAACAAUGGAGGACUGAACAGUUCUGCUAUAAGACAUGCCCCUUCAACAUGGAGUACCAGGAGUGUGGAAAUCCCUGUGUUGACACCUGCUCCAACCCUGAGAGAGGCCAGCUGUGUGAGGAACACUGCUCAGAUGGCUGCUUUUGUCCUCCAGGAACCGUUUUUGAUGACGUCAACAAGAAUGGUUGUAUCGCCUUGAGUCAAUGCUCCUGCCGCCACAAUGGAAAAACCUACGCACCCGGAGAGACUUAUUCAAGAACUUGUAAAGAUUGUUCUUGUGCUGGUGGUCAGUGGAACUGUGUGGACAAGGACUGUCCUGGCACCUGUGCUGUGGAGGGAGGAUCCCACAUCAACACCUAUGAUGGAAAAACCUACACCUUCCAUGGGGACUGCUCUUAUGUUCUGACCAAGGACUGUGAUGGGAUGCAAUUCACUGUACUGGGUGAUCUGGUGCAGUGUGGGCUUUCUGACAGUGAGACUUGUCUAAAGGCUGUUACCCUGUCCCUCUCAGAAGGAGCCACUGUGAUCAACAUACAACCCAAUGGAAAAGCCUUUGUAAAUGGAAUCUAUUCUCAGCUGCCCUUUUCUGCUGCUGGAGUAACUAUUUUCAGAGCCUCCUCAUUUUUCAUCAUUGUCCAGACCACCUUUGGCCUCCAGUUGGAAAUCCAACUCUCACCAAUCAUGCAGGUCUAUAUUGCUGCAAGCACCGUUUGGCAGCAGAGAACUUGCGGUCUUUGUGGAAACUUCAACAACAACCAAGGAGAUGAUUUCAAGGUCCUGAGCGGAGUGACUGAGGGCACAGCCAUUGGUUUUGCAAACACCUGGAAAACACGAGCCAGCUGCCCAGACAUCAAGAGUAGCUUUGAAAGCCCCUGCAGUUUAAGUCUUGACAAUGAGAAAUAUGCCCAGCACUGGUGCUCUCAGCUGGCUGAUCCUAAAGGGUUGUUUGCUAAAUGCCACACAGCAAUAAGCCCAGACAUAUACAAAGAAAACUGCAUGUAUGACAGCUGUAACUGUGAGAAGAGUGAGGACUGCAUGUGUGCUGCCGUCUCCUCUUAUGUCCACGCUUGUGCUGCCGAGGGUAUCCAACUCAGCGGCUGGAGAGACACUAUCUGCAACAAAUACUCCACCUCGUGCCCUAGCACCAUGGUCUACAGCUACAGCAUAAAAAGCAGUGAUCGCUCCUGCCGCUGCUACAGCGACUCUGACUUUACCUGUUCAAUCACCUUCGAGCCUGUGGAUGGGUGUGUCUGUUCUGAGGGUUCCUACCUGGAUGAUGAGGGCAAGUGUGUUCCACCAGCCAGCUGCCCUUGUUAUUACAAGGGCUCAGUGGUGUCCCCUGGAGAGGUCAUCAGCAAGGAUGGAACCAUGUGCACCUGCAAGGAGGGAAAACUCCGUUGCAUUGGAGAUUCACCCGAUCAGCCAUCAUGUGUUGCACCAAUGGUUUUCUUUAACUGCUCCAAUGCAAGCCCAGGAGUGAGAGGGUUAGAGUGUCAGAAGAGCUGCAACAUUCUGGAUAUGGCCUGUAUCAGCACAGAGUGCAUAUCAGGCUGUAUGUGUCCCUCUGGACUGGUAUCCGAUGGAAAAGGAGGCUGCAUCAAGCCAGACCUUUGUCCUUGUUCUCACAAUGGAGCUACUUACCAACCAGGAGACAGAAUCAAGGUCGACUGCAAUACCUGCACUUGUAAAGACAGAAAAUGGCAGUGCACAACUAACCUGUGCCUUGGAACCUGUGCCAUUUAUGGAGAUGGACACUACAUUACUUUUGAUGGGAAACGAUUCACUUUUGAAGGAGACUGUGAAUACACACUUACAAAGGACUACUGUGGUAGCAACAAUGCCAACGGCAGCUUCAGAGUCAUCACUGAGAACAUCCCUUGUGGAACGACAGGCACCACCUGCUCCAAGGCCAUUAAGCUCUUCCUGGGGAACAAUGAACUAAUUCUGACAGAAGGGAACUACCAAGUCGUUGAGAGAAAUACAGGGGAGGCGGUUCCUUACCAGAUUCGCACAAUGGGCAUCUACCUUGUGAUUGAAGCCAAUAAUGGGUUGAUUCUCAUGUGGGACAGGAAAACAAGCAUGUUCAUCAAACUGAACCCACAGUUCAAGGGACAUGUCUGUGGUCUGUGCGGAAACUAUGAUGGCAAUGCAAACAAUGACUUCACUACCAGGAGCCAGGCAGUAGUUGUCAACCCUCUAGACUUUGGAAACAGCUGGAAAGUCUCUGCAAGCUGCCCCGAUGCAAAGAACAAAAGGAGCCCCUGUACUGCCAACCCUUACAGGCAGUCUUGGUCACAGAAGCAGUGCAGCAUCAUACAGAGCAAAGUUUUCACAGACUGCCAUUCUAAAGUGGACCCCUCUCCUUUCUACGAUGCUUGUGUGACAGACUCGUGUGCUUGCGACAGUGGUGGAGACUGUGAGUGUUUCUGUACUGCUGUGGCAGCUUAUGCAGAGGCCUGUAAUGAGGCUGGAGCCUGCAUAGCCUGGAGAAGCCCACAAAUCUGCCCACUGUUCUGUGAUUACUACAACCCCCCUGGAGAAUGUGAGUGGCACUACAAGGCCUGUGGAGCUCAGUGUAUGAAGACCUGCAGGAAUCCCUCCGGGAGCUGCUCAACUCAGAUACCACCUCUUGAAGGUUGCUAUCCAAAAUGUCCUCCUGCUCAACCCUUCUUUGAUGAAGAUAUAAUGAAGUGUGUGGAGAAGGAGCAGUGUGGCUGCUAUGGCAGAGAUAGAAAACACUACAAUAAUGGAGAAAAAGUACCGACCACAGAAAACUGUCAGACAUGCUAUUGUAAUUCUGUGACAGUGGACUGCAAAUACGAUGUACAAGCUUGCACUUGCACCUACAAUGGGAACAAAUACCCCAAUGGGCAUAUCAUCUAUAACACCACAAAUGGGCACGGCAGUUGUAUCACAGCCAUCUGUGGGAAGAAUGGAACCACUCAGAGGGACAUUUACCCAUGUUCAACUCCAACUCCAACUUUAACUCCAUCUGUUCCUAACUCUACUCCAUCCUCUACAGUGACAACAACUGUCUUUACUUUCUCAACACCCACAACUGCGCCAACCACAACUUCAACAGAGACAACAGUGUCUCCAACAACAUUUACUACUACAUGUGGCUAUCCAUGUGUGUGGUCACAGUGGUUUGAUACCACAUUCCCUACACUUGGUACUCCAGGAGGAGACUCUGAAACCUACAACAACAUAAGAGCAGAGGGACACGAUAUAUGUGAGAAGCCAAGCAAGAUCCAAUGCAGAGCCGAGAAGUACCCAAAUGUUAGCAUAAGCCAAGUAGGCCAAGUGGUGCAGUGUAAUGUAGCAGAAGGGUUGACUUGCAGAAAUGAAGACCAGUCAGGCCCAUUCCCACUGUGCUUUAACUACCAAGUCCGAGUCCUCUGCUGUGAUGAAGAUCUUUGUACAUCUAAGCCUACAACCAUUUCACCAACAACUACAAGACCACCUGUUACAACAACAACUACAAACGCAAUCACCUUCACUAUAUCAACGACUACGUUGAAUACAAAACCCCCUAACUGCACAGUUUGUGAGUGGUCACCUUGGUAUAAUGUGGACUAUCCUCAAUUUGGUCCUGGGGGUGGCGACAAUGAAUCAAUUAAAAAGAUUCUAGAAUCUGGAAAACAUAUUUGUGAAAAACCAGUGGAUGUCAAGUGCCAAGCAGUGCGAUAUCCAGGGAUCCCAUUGUCUGAAUUACGACAGAAUGUAGAAUGUAAUACGAAGGUUGGACUAAUAUGCCAGAACAAAGAUCAAGGCAUUCCUCCAAUAUGCCUUGACUAUGAAAUUAAGGUGAAGUGUUGCAAGACUGUGAAAUGUCACACUACAACACCAGUCCAAACAACUAAACCUACUGUCACAACAACAACAAUGUCAGCAUCCACAUUACCUACAACAACAAGUAAACCAACAACAAUCACUACUCCUCCAACCUCAACUCUACCUCUAACCACAACUACAACUCCUACCACUACUCCAACACCAAGAACCACAAUCUUAACAUCGACUGCACCUCCUACCACAUUAACAACAGUUACUCCCAUCACUACUCCAACACCCACUACAAAGACAUCGACAGCUCCACCUACAACAAAAACAACAACUCAGACUCCCAGCCCUAGUACAACUCCAACCACUACUCCUACAUCAACCUCAACAGGAGUAACACCUACCCAAUGCAGUGGUAAAGAAACUUGUGUGUGGUCAGACUGGAUCAACCUUGGUCAGCCAACGUCUGGCUCUGAAGGUGGAGAUAAUGAAUCCAUUAAGAACAUCAUUGCUGCUGGUUAUCACAUUUGCUCAGCUCCAGAGGCAGUUGAAUGUAGAGCAAAACAAUUCCCUGGAAUUCAGAUCUCUCAGCUUGGCCAAGACGUGACUUGCAAUCCAUCCGUUGGCCUAGUUUGUCAAAACAAUGAGCAAGGUCUUCAGCAAAAGUGCUUCGAUUACGAGAUUCGAGUAAAAUGUUGUCAAUGUGGAACCACAACACACAUCCCAACCACCGCAACAACAACAGUUCCUCACAUCACUACUCCUACACCCACGACUACAACCUCAACAUCGACAGCUCCACCUACAACAAAAACAACAACUCAGACUCCCAGCCCUAGUACAACUCCAACCACUACUCCUACAUCAACCUCAACAGGAGUAACACCUACCCAAUGCAGUGGUAAAGAAACUUGUGUGUGGUCAGACUGGAUCAACCUUGGUCAGCCAACGUCUGGCUCUGAAGGUGGAGAUAAUGAAUCCAUUAAGAACAUCAUUGCUGCUGGUUAUCACAUUUGCUCAGCUCCAGAGGCAGUUGAAUGUAGAGCAAAACAAUUCCCUGGAAUUCAGAUCUCUCAGCUUGGCCAAGACGUGACUUGCAAUCCAUCCGUUGGCCUAGUUUGUCAAAACAAUGAGCAAGGUCUUCAGCAAAAGUGCUUCGAUUACGAGAUUCGAGUAAAAUGUUGUCAAUGUGGAACCACAACACACAUCCCAACCACCGCAACAACAACAGUUCCUCACAUCACUACUCCUACACCCACGACUACAACCUCAACAUCGACAGCUCCACCUACAACAAAAACAACAACUCAGACUCCCAGCCCUAGUACAACUCCAACCACUACUCCUACAUCAACCUCAACAGGAGUAACACCUACCCAAUGCAGUGGUAAAGAAACUUGUGUGUGGUCAGACUGGAUCAACCUUGGUCAGCCAACGUCUGGCUCUGAAGGUGGAGAUAAUGAAUCCAUUAAGAACAUCAUUGCUGCUGGUUAUCACAUUUGCUCAGCUCCAGAGGCAGUUGAAUGUAGAGCAAAACAAUUCCCUGGAAUUCAGAUCUCUCAGCUUGGCCAAGACGUGACUUGCAAUCCAUCCGUUGGCCUAGUUUGUCAAAACAAUGAGCAAGGUCUUCAGCAAAAGUGCUUCGAUUACGAGAUUCGAGUAAAAUGUUGUCAAUGUGGAACCACAACACACAUCCCAACCACCGCAACAACAACAGUUCCUCACAUCACUACUCCUACACCCACGACUACAACCUCAACAUCGACAGCUCCACCUACAACAAAAACAACAACUCAGACUCCCAGCCCUAGUACAACUCCAACCACUACUCCUACAUCAACCUCAACAGGAGUAACACCUACCCAAUGCAGUGGUAAAGAAACUUGUGUGUGGUCAGACUGGAUCAACCUUGGUCAGCCAACGUCUGGCUCUGAAGGUGGAGAUAAUGAAUCCAUUAAGAACAUCAUUGCUGCUGGUUAUCACAUUUGCUCAGCUCCAGAGGCAGUUGAAUGUAGAGCAAAACAAUUCCCUGGUCUUCAGAUCUCUCAGCUUGGCCAAGACGUGACUUGCAAUCCAUCCGUUGGACUAGUUUGUCAAAACAAUGAGCAAGGUCUUCAGCAAAAGUGCUUCGAUUAUGAGAUUCGAGUGAAAUGUUGUCAAUGUGGAACCACAACACACAUCCCACCCACCGCAACAACAACAGUUCCUCACAUCACUACUCCUACACCCACGACUACAACCUCAACAUCGACAGCUCCACCUACAACAAAAACAACAACUCAGACUCCCAGCCCUAGUACAACUCCAACCACUACUCCUACAUCAACCUCAACAGGAGUAACACCUACCCAAUGCAGUGGUAAAGAAACUUGUGUGUGGUCAGACUGGAUCAACCUUGGUCAGCCAACGUCUGGCUCUGAAGGUGGAGAUAAUGAAUCCAUUAAGAACAUCAUUGCUGCUGGUUAUCACAUUUGCUCAGCUCCAGAGGCAGUUGAAUGUAGAGCAAAACAAUUCCCUGGAAUUCAGAUCUCUCAGCUUGGCCAAGACGUGACUUGCAAUCCAUCCGUUGGCCUAGUUUGUCAAAACAAUGAGCAAGGUCUUCAGCAAAAGUGCUUCGAUUACGAGAUUCGAGUAAAAUGUUGUCAAUGUGGAACCACAACACACAUCCCAACCACCGCAACAACAACAGUUCCUCACAUCACUACUCCUACACCCACGACUACAACCUCAACAUCGACAGCUCCACCUACAACAAAAACAACAACUCAGACUCCCAGCCCUAGUACAACUCCAACCACUACUCCUACAUCAACCUCAACAGGAGUAACACCUACCCAAUGCAGUGGUAAAGAAACUUGUGUGUGGUCAGACUGGAUCAACCUUGGUCAGCCAACGUCUGGCUCUGAAGGUGGAGAUAAUGAAUCCAUUAAGAACAUCAUUGCUGCUGGUUAUCACAUUUGCUCAGCUCCAGAGGCAGUUGAAUGUAGAGCAAAACAAUUCCCUGGAAUUCAGAUCUCUCAGCUUGGCCAAGACGUGACUUGCAAUCCAUCCGUUGGCCUAGUUUGUCAAAACAAUGAGCAAGGUCUUCAGCAAAAGUGCUUCGAUUACGAGAUUCGAGUAAAAUGUUGUCAAUGUGGAACCACAACACACAUCCCAACCACCGCAACAACAACAGUUCCUCACAUCACUACUCCUACACCCACGACUACAACCUCAACAUCGACAGCUCCACCUACAACAAAAACAACAACUCAGACUCCCAGCCCUAGUACAACUCCAACCACUACUCCUACAUCAACCUCAACAGGAGUAACACCUACCCAAUGCAGUGGUAAAGAAACUUGUGUGUGGUCAGACUGGAUCAACCUUGGUCAGCCAACGUCUGGCUCUGAAGGUGGAGAUAAUGAAUCCAUUAAGAACAUCAUUGCUGCUGGUUAUCACAUUUGCUCAGCUCCAGAGGCAGUUGAAUGUAGAGCAAAACAAUUCCCUGGAAUUCAGAUCUCUCAGCUUGGCCAAGACGUGACUUGCAAUCCAUCCGUUGGCCUAGUUUGUCAAAACAAUGAGCAAGGUCUUCAGCAAAAGUGCUUCGAUUACGAGAUUCGAGUAAAAUGUUGUCAAUGUGGAACCACAACACACAUCCCAACCACCGCAACAACAACAGUUCCUCACAUCACUACUCCUACACCCACGACUACAACCUCAACAUCGACAGCUCCACCUACAACAAAAACAACAACUCAGACUCCCAGCCCUAGUACAACUCCAACCACUACUCCUACAUCAACCUCAACAGGAGUAACACCUACCCAAUGCAGUGGUAAAGAAACUUGUGUGUGGUCAGACUGGAUCAACCUUGGUCAGCCAACGUCUGGCUCUGAAGGUGGAGAUAAUGAAUCCAUUAAGAACAUCAUUGCUGCUGGUUAUCACAUUUGCUCAGCUCCAGAGGCAGUUGAAUGUAGAGCAAAACAAUUCCCUGGAAUUCAGAUCUCUCAGCUUGGCCAAGACGUGACUUGCAAUCCAUCCGUUGGCCUAGUUUGUCAAAACAAUGAGCAAGGUCUUCAGCAAAAGUGCUUCGAUUACGAGAUUCGAGUAAAAUGUUGUCAAUGUGGAACCACAACACACAUCCCAACCACCGCAACAACAACAGUUCCUCACAUCACUACUCCUACACCCACGACUACAACCUCAACAUCGACAGCUCCACCUACAACAAAAACAACAACUCAGACUCCCAGCCCUAGUACAACUCCAACCACUACUCCUACAUCAACCUCAACAGGAGUAACACCUACCCAAUGCAGUGGUAAAGAAACUUGUGUGUGGUCAGACUGGAUCAACCUUGGUCAGCCAACGUCUGGCUCUGAAGGUGGAGAUAAUGAAUCCAUUAAGAACAUCAUUGCUGCUGGUUAUCACAUUUGCUCAGCUCCAGAGGCAGUUGAAUGUAGAGCAAAACAAUUCCCUGGUCUUCAGAUCUCUCAGCUUGGCCAAGACGUGACUUGCAAUCCAUCCGUUGGCCUAGUUUGUCAAAACAAUGAGCAAGGUCUUCAGCAAAAGUGCUUCGAUUAUGAGAUUCGAGUGAAAUGUUGUCAAUGUGGAACCACAACACACAUCCCACCCACCGCAACAACAACAGUUCCUCACAUCACUACUCCUACACCCACGACUACAACCUCAACAUCGACAGCUCCACCUACAACAAAAACAACAACUCAGACUCCCAGCCCUAGUACAACUCCAACCACUACUCCUACAUCAACCUCAACAGGAGUAACACCUACCCAAUGCAGUGGUAAAGAAACUUGUGUGUGGUCAGACUGGAUCAACCUUGGUCAGCCAACGUCUGGCUCUGAAGGUGGAGAUAAUGAAUCCAUUAAGAACAUCAUUGCUGCUGGUUAUCACAUUUGCUCAGCUCCAGAGGCAGUUGAAUGUAGAGCAAAACAAUUCCCUGGAAUUCAGAUCUCUCAGCUUGGCCAAGACGUGACUUGCAAUCCAUCCGUUGGCCUAGUUUGUCAAAACAAUGAGCAAGGUCUUCAGCAAAAGUGCUUCGAUUACGAGAUUCGAGUAAAAUGUUGUCAAUGUGGAACCACAACACACAUCCCAACCACCGCAACAACAACAGUUCCUCACAUCACUACUCCUACACCCACGACUACAACCUCAACAUCGACAGCUCCACCUACAACAAAAACAACAACUCAGACUCCCAGCCCUAGUACAACUCCAACCACUACUCCUACAUCAACCUCAACAGGAGUAACACCUACCCAAUGCAGUGGUAAAGAAACUUGUGUGUGGUCAGACUGGAUCAACCUUGGUCAACCAACGUCUGGCUCUGAAGGUGGAGAUAAUGAAUCCAUUAAGAACAUCAUUGCUGCUGGUUAUCACAUUUGCUCAGCUCCAGAGGCAGUUGAAUGUAGAGCAAAACAAUUCCCUGGUCUUCAGAUCUCUCAGCUUGGCCAAGACGUGACUUGCAAUCCAUCCGUUGGCCUAGUUUGUCAAAACAAUGAGCAAGGUCUUCAGCAAAAGUGCUUCGAUUAUGAGAUUCGAGUGAAAUGUUGUCAAUGUGGAACCACAACACACAUCCCACCCACCGCAACAACAACAGUUCCUCACAUCACUACUCCUACACCCACGACUACAACCUCAACAUCGACAGCUCCACCUACAACAAAAACAACAACUCAGACUCCCAGCCCUAGUACAACUCCAAUCACUACUCCUACAUCAACCUUAACAGGAGUAACACCUACCCAAUGCAGUGGUAAAGAAACUUGUGUGUGGUCAGACUGGAUCAACCUUGGUCAGCCAACAUCUGGCUCUGAAGGUGGAGAUAAUGAAUCCAUUAAGAACAUCAUUGCUGCUGGUUAUCACAUUUGCUCAGCUCCAGAGGCAGUUGAAUGUAGAGCAAAACAAUUCCCUGGAAUUCAGAUCUCUCAGCUUGGCCAAGACGUGACUUGCAAUCCAUCCGUUGGCCUAGUUUGUCAAAACAAUGAGCAAGGUCUUCAGCAAAAGUGCUUCGAUUACGAGAUUCGAGUAAAAUGUUGUCAAUGUGGAACCACAACACACAUCCCAACCACCGCAACAACAACAGUUCCUCACAUCACUACUCCUACACCCACGACUACAACCUCAACAUCGACAGCUCCACCUACAACAAAAACAACAACUCAGACUCCCAGCCCUAGUACAACUCCAACCACUACUCCUACAUCAACCUCAACAGGAGUAACACCUACCCAAUGCAGUGGUAAAGAAACUUGUGUGUGGUCAGACUGGAUCAACCUUGGUCAGCCAACGUCUGGCUCUGAAGGUGGAGAUAAUGAAUCCAUUAAGAACAUCAUUGCUGCUGGUUAUCACAUUUGCUCAGCUCCAGAGGCAGUUGAAUGUAGAGCAAAACAAUUCCCUGGUCUUCAGAUCUCUCAGCUUGGCCAAGACGUGACUUGCAAUCCAUCCGUUGGACUAGUUUGUCAAAACAAUGAGCAAGGUCUUCAGCAAAAGUGCUUCGAUUAUGAGAUUCGAGUGAAAUGUUGUCAAUGUGGAACCACAACACACAUCCCACCCACCGCAACAACAACAGUUCCUCACAUCACUACUCCUACACCCACGACUACAACCUCAACAUCGACAGCUCCACCUACAACAAAAACAACAACUCAGACUCCCAGCCCUAGUACAACUCCAACCACUACUCCUACAUCAACCUCAACAGGAGUAACACCUACCCAAUGCAGUGGUAAAGAAACUUGUGUGUGGUCAGACUGGAUCAACCUUGGUCAGCCAACGUCUGGCUCUGAAGGUGGAGAUAAUGAAUCCAUUAAGAACAUCAUUGCUGCUGGUUAUCACAUUUGCUCAGCUCCAGAGGCAGUUGAAUGUAGAGCAAAACAAUUCCCUGGAAUUCAGAUCUCUCAGCUUGGCCAAGACGUGACUUGCAAUCCAUCCGUUGGCCUAGUUUGUCAAAACAAUGAGCAAGGUCUUCAGCAAAAGUGCUUCGAUUACGAGAUUCGAGUAAAAUGUUGUCAAUGUGGAACCACAACACACAUCCCAACCACCGCAACAACAACAGUUCCUCACAUCACUACUCCUACACCCACGACUACAACCUCAACAUCGACAGCUCCACCUACAACAAAAACAACAACUCAGACUCCCAGCCCUAGUACAACUCCAACCACUACUCCUACAUCAACCUCAACAGGAGUAACACCUACCCAAUGCAGUGGUAAAGAAACUUGUGUGUGGUCAGACUGGAUCAACCUUGGUCAGCCAACGUCUGGCUCUGAAGGUGGAGAUAAUGAAUCCAUUAAGAACAUCAUUGCUGCUGGUUAUCACAUUUGCUCAGCUCCAGAGGCAGUUGAAUGUAGAGCAAAACAAUUCCCUGGAAUUCAGAUCUCUCAGCUUGGCCAAGACGUGACUUGCAAUCCAUCCGUUGGCCUAGUUUGUCAAAACAAUGAGCAAGGUCUUCAGCAAAAGUGCUUCGAUUAUGAGAUUCGAGUGAAAUGUUGUCAAUGUGGAACCACAACACACAUCCCACCCACCGCAACAACAACAGUUCCUCACAUCACUACUCCUACACCCACGACUACAACCUCAACAUCGACAGCUCCACCUACAACAAAAACAACAACUCAGACUCCCAGCCCUAGUACAACUCCAACCACUACUCCUACAUCAACCUCAACAGGAGUAACACCUACCCAAUGCAGUGGUAAAGAAACUUGUGUGUGGUCAGACUGGAUCAACCUUGGUCAGCCAACGUCUGGCUCUGAAGGUGGAGAUAAUGAAUCCAUUAAGAACAUCAUUGCUGCUGGUUAUCACAUUUGCUCAGCUCCAGAGGCAGUUGAAUGUAGAGCAAAACAAUUCCCUGGAAUUCAGAUCUCUCAGCUUGGCCAAGACGUGACUUGCAAUCCAUCCGUUGGCCUAGUUUGUCAAAACAAUGAGCAAGGUCUUCAGCAAAAGUGCUUCGAUUACGAGAUUCGAGUAAAAUGUUGUCAAUGUGGAACCACAACACACAUCCCAACCACCGCAACAACAACAGUUCCUCACAUCACUACUCCUACACCCACGACUACAACCUCAACAUCGACAGCUCCACCUACAACAAAAACAACAACUCAGACUCCCAGCCCUAGUACAACUCCAACCACUACUCCUACAUCAACCUCAACAGGAGUAACACCUACCCAAUGCAGUGGUAAAGAAACUUGUGUGUGGUCAGACUGGAUCAACCUUGGUCAGCCAACGUCUGGCUCUGAAGGUGGAGAUAAUGAAUCCAUUAAGAACAUCAUUGCUGCUGGUUAUCACAUUUGCUCAGCUCCAGAGGCAGUUGAAUGUAGAGCAAAACAAUUCCCUGGAAUUCAGAUCUCUCAGCUUGGCCAAGACGUGACUUGCAAUCCAUCCGUUGGCCUAGUUUGUCAAAACAAUGAGCAAGGUCUUCAGCAAAAGUGCUUCGAUUACGAGAUUCGAGUAAAAUGUUGUCAAUGUGGAACCACAACACACAUCCCAACCACCGCAACAACAACAGUUCCUCACAUCACUACUCCUACACCCACGACUACAACCUCAACAUCGACAGCUCCACCUACAACAAAAACAACAACUCAGACUCCCAGCCCUAGUACAACUCCAACCACUACUCCUACAUCAACCUCAACAGGAGUAACACCUACCCAAUGCAGUGGUAAAGAAACUUGUGUGUGGUCAGACUGGAUCAACCUUGGCCAGCCAACGUCUGGCUCUGAAGGUGGAGAUAAUGAAUCCAUUAAGAACAUCAUUGCUGCUGGUUAUCACAUUUGCUCAGCUCCAGAGGCAGUUGAAUGUAGAGCAAAACAAUUCCCUGGAAUUCAGAUCUCUCAGCUUGGCCAAGACGUGACUUGCAAUCCAUCCGUUGGCCUAGUUUGUCAAAACAAUGAGCAAGGUCUUCAGCAAAAGUGCUUCGAUUACGAGAUUCGAGUGAAAUGUUGUCAAUGUGGAACCACAACACACAUCCCAACCACCGCAACAACAACAGUUCCUCACAUCACUACUCCUACACCCACUACUACAACCUCAACAUCGACAGCUCCACCUACAACAAAAACAACAACUCUGCCUCCCACCACUACUAUUAUUCCUACAACUCCUUUUUUUGUAAUAACUGGUGAAACAGCGAAACCAUCGAUUCCAGUCACAUUACCCCAUUAUUGUUCUUUUUGCCAUUUCAAUCAUACUGAUUUCCUCAUUGGCUCAAUUGUUUAUAAUGUCUCUGACCAUGAUGGAUGGUGCUACAUUGGUCUCUGCAACAAGACUUGUGAAAUAGAAACACAUUUGACCAGCUGUGGUACAUCAACUACCCCAGUUACUCCUACUUCACCAACCACUUCACAGCCCCCAACAACAACAGUUCCACAUGUAACAUAUCCAUCUGAGAAGAACUGUGACCAUGACCAUCCUCCAAGACAGAAUGGUGACAGAUGGAUACAUAACCAAUGCACCAACGGAACAUGCGCCAACGGGAAAGUUAGUUAUGAGCAUGUACAUUGUGAGACUCCGAAGCCUAUAUCAUGUGAAAAUAACUAUCCUCCAAUCCAAGUGUUUGAUGAAUCUGGAUGCUGUUUCCACUAUGAGUGUCAAUGUAUCUGCUAUGGUUGGGGAGACCCUCACUAUGUCACCUUUGAUGGAACAUACUAUGGCUUCCAAGGAAAUUGUUCUUACGUCUUGGUCAAAGAAAUCCUGCCAAAGUACAACUUCAGUGUUGUAAUCGACAAUUACUAUUGUGAUGCCCCAGAUGGACUUUCCUGUCCUCAGUCUCUGACAAUUUAUUAUCAAUCUUACAAGAUAUUCAUGACCAAGAAGGACGUUGAUGGAGUUUUCACAAGUCUGAUUUAUGUAAACCAGAAACGCAUCAUCCCAGCAUAUGAUACCAAGGACUUCCGCAUCACAGACAACGGAAUUGAAACCCUUUUAGUCAUACCAGCAAUUAAUGCCAAGGUGUCUUUCACUGGUCUUAUGUUUAGCAUAUACCUGCCCUGGGACAAGUUCAGUGGCAACACUGAGGGACAGUGUGGUACAUGUGACAACAACCGGACAGAUGACUGCCGCUUGCCAAAUGGGACUAUCGAUUCAUCUUGUCCUGACAUGGCACACCAAUGGCAUGUUGCUGACCACAAUAACAGUCAGUGCACACCACCACCAACACCAGAGCCGAUACCAACACCACCACGAGGCUGUGAUCCACCCAUUUGUCAUCUCAUUCAAAGCAAGGUCUUUGAGAGUUGCCAUAAAAUAAUCCCCUACGAGCCAUUCCUUGUGGCAUGUAUCUUUGAUGCGUGUUAUAUGGAUGAUGUUACCAUUGGCUGCACCAGCUUGCAGACCUAUGCUGAUGUAUGUGCACAAGCAGGAGUCUGUAUUGAGUGGAGAAAUUAUACAAAUGGACAAUGUGACUUCACAUGUGAGAAACCCAAGGUUUAUAAAGCCUGCGGUCCACAAGUUGAACCAACCUGUAAUGCCUGGUACAAUUUCAAAUUCAUCCAGACUCAAAAUGAGUUCAGUGUCAUGGGAGAUAUACAAUUGGAGGGAUGUUAUUGUCCCCCUGGGACCACUCUUAUGAGUUCCAGCUCAAACUACUGUAUCCCCAGCUGUGAUAUUUGCCCAUUGCCAAAUGGAGAAUGGAAAGAGGCUAAUGAGACCUGGGUGAGCAACUGCCAGGAGUGUGUGUGUGACCCGUACAGUCUGGAAAUCCAGUGCCAGCCUAUGGCAUGCCAACAUCAGCCUCCUCUCACCUGUGAUCAGGAGGGCCAAGUUAAGGUCGUAGAAACCGUUGACUGUUGUCAAAAGGACAAAUGCGAGUGUGAUGUCACACGAUGCUCUACUUCCAAGAUAACUUGCCCAGUCGGAUUCGAGACAGAGGCAACUAUGGGAGUCUGCUGCCUAACUUAUCAAUGCGUGCCAACGGAUGUCUGUGUGUUUAACAACACUGAAUAUCAGCCUGGUGCCAAUGUUCCUGGGGACAAGUGUAAGAAUUGUGUGUGUGGUGACAGUGUAGAUGCCCAAAGCCAUCUACAUAUCAUUGAGUGUCAUCCUACUGAAUGUGACACUCACUGCCAGCAGGGCUAUGAUCAUCAAGCCGUUCCUGGGCAGUGUUGUGGGAAGUGUGUACAGACAAGCUGUGUGGUUAUGCUGCCAGAUAACACCACACACACUAUUCAGCCUGGUUCCGUCUGGAUACCAUCGGGAGACAAGUGUCUCAAGUAUGAGUGUGUAAAGAUUCAGGACCAACUCAUCCCAAUCGAGGCUAAGACUGUGUGCCCUGUCUUCCACCCAGAAGACUGCAUACCCGGAACUGAAGUCAUUGCUCCAGAUGGUUGCUGCCAUGUCUGUAUUCCAAUAACUAAGCCAUGCAAUGUGACAAAGAGCAAAGUGUACCUGGACAGCAAUGGCUGCAAGUCUGCAAACAAGGUGGAAGUGACAACAUGCAGUGGAUCCUGUGUCACCUACGCCAUGUAUUCUCUUGAGGCCAACAUGAUGGAGCGCUCUUGUACCUGCUGUCGGGAAGAAUCUACCAUCAAGAAGGAAGUGGAGAUGAUCUGCCCAGACGGGUCAAAGUUCAACCACCCCUACAUUCACAUCAAUAAAUGUGGCUGCCAGAGGACAGAGUGCGUGACCCUGGAGGAAACCCAGGUCACAAGGUCACGACGCAGGAGAAGAUGAAUGACUCUCCACUACCAUCCCUUUACUGCUUAGAUUCGUUUUCUAUUUAUGUUCAACUUGUUCAUGUUCCUGCAAAGUAAUCUGCUAAACAUAGGAGAAAUCAUUUCAGCUUCUUAUUACAUUUUUAUUUUAUUUUAGCCAUUCAAAACAAUUAAAUAAAGUUGGCAAUAGGCUGUGCAUAUA